GCUUUUAUUUUGUAUUUCUCCGCCGGUGCAGCGCUCUAAGCUUUUAUUUUGAAGUGUUGGGAGCGCGCAGGUUAGCGGAAGUCGAGAGAAAGAAGAGUUGUCGUCUCGCGCUCAGGCUGCGAACUAACCUGACGGACAGGUGCGACCCGUACCCGCUAAGACCAAGACCCGGACCAGGAAUAAUAAAUAACCGUCUCCUCCCAGCUCAGAGGUCAGAGGUCAAAGGUCGUGUCCUCCAGCAGCAGCGAUGGCUCUCAUCUCUCUCGAAGACCUUGACGGAUUGGACGACGAGCAGCUGGAUGAUGACAUCACCGACAACCCCGAGCCAAUGGAUGAAGAGAACUCAGACAGACUGCUGGCAUACUGGCAGGAAGUGGGGCGGGGCCACCAGGUGUCAGUUCCUCCAGAAAUGACCGGACCCAUACAGGAAAUGACACGUAACAGCCAGCAGAGAGAGCCGCUCCCCUUCGCCCCCGUGUCCCGCCAUGAGAAGAUGGGUGAGGUCGUGUACGAGGAGCGAGCGUAUCCAGCAGGAAAGUGGGCGUGCGUGACGCGAGCGGAGGAUUUGUACGAGCAGAGCAUUUCCUGGGCUUUCAUGAAACUGAUGCGCUUCAUCUGCAAAGAGAACUCUGCAGGGCGGUACCUGGGCAUGACGGUGCCGGUGGUCAGCAGCGUGCACAUGAUGGAGGACGGAAACACGUUCGGGAAAGACGUGCUGACGGCGUUUUUCCUGCCCGCCGAAUUCCAGUCGGACCCGCCCACACCGACCGACCCUGACAUCGCCAUCGUCCACCGAGAGCCAAUCAGAGUCAUCGCCAGGGCCUUCUUUGGGACGACCAAUGAGGAGACGGUGUUGCGUCAGGUGCACCAGCUGCAGGAGAUUCUGGGCGUCCGAGACGACGUGCGGACGGACACCUUCAUGGUCGCCGUGUACGAGAACCCCGGCGUUCCCCGCCGCCGCAACGAGAUCUGGUUUAUCACACGGAACCUGUAGGAACCUUCCCAUGAUCCUCUGCUCCUCCCCCUCCUCUGAUUGGGUGGUUUGUUGUCUGUCUUUUUAUAUGUCAAACUGACCAAUCAGAGCAGAUGUAAAAAGCCCCACCCCUCUCUGACUAACUGAUAUUCUAUUGGCUCACAGUCCACAUGACCCUGCCUUUCACACAUAGCUUACAUUCUGAUUGGCUAAGAUCUGUGAUGAUGUCAGUAGCAGUUUGUUUCCAUGGAGACGGUUAGAGAGCAAGACAGGAAGACUAAGACUGAAUCCAAACGUCCGUCCGCCGGAGGACGCCAGACGGCGAGACGAUAAAUUAACCCUGAAACUCGUUUCAGUGUUUUUCUUCUUCACGGUUCUGACGAGCAGCUGCGUCGUUAAUCCUCUGACAGACGGUAACCGUAGCGACGUCAUUCUGUCCGUUACGUGAUGAGUCAUCAAGAUAAUAAUUCACUUUAUAGCCGAUAUCGCUGCACGAUUACGGAUCAUCAAUCCGGACGUUUGGAUUCAGCCUAAGUGAUGUCACAGAUGACAUCAUUUCCUGUUUCUGCUAAACACUGACAUGUACGUUUCUUCUUCAUGACGUCAGAAUCAGCAGCAAACAAAUGAAACUGAAUAUUUUUAUAAAAUCGAGUUUAAACAUUUAAAAAAGAAAAAAACACGAAGCUGCUCUAAUGAUGA